CUACUUUGUUGCUGCCUUUAAACUUGAAUAUGAUACAUACAACCGAAAAAGCAGUAAAACCUCCCUCUUUCUUUUUGCUUGCCCCGAAUGAAUCGUUUCUAAAUGCUUUCAGCAAACCAUUCCUCUCCCUUUCCAACACUAAUUACAGCACAUGAUGCUAUAACCGAUUCACCCAUAUACAGGGCCAAUGUGGUUCAUUGGGAUGAACAACUCGAUUUAUUCGACAAAUGGCUGGCGACACUCUCCUCGCAGUUCAAACAGUACCUGGAUAAACUAAACAGUAAUCACUUACGACUCCACGUACACACAAACGCGACGAUUCAGCUUACGUUAGCAUGCUUAUACCCUUCGUUUUUACUUUUUUCAGAAUUCAAUUUAGAUACUGCCGCCAUCUGUGAAAAGGUCAAACCACCCGCUAAUAUGGAUGACAGCUUGAUAGCAUCCUCGUUGACCAAUCCGGCAUUUAAUCGGUUUUCUGUGGCGUUACAAUCAACAAUUGCUUGCCAAACUAAAAUGGUGCUCGACAUCCAAACGACUUACAUCGAACCCUUACACCAACUUUCCAAAACGUACUUGAAAGAUUUUAAGGAGUUUCGGAAACAACAUGAUAAGGCUUUGGAUCGAUAUGAAAGUCAAUUACAAAAAUAUGCGGCACUCGGUAAAACUAAGGACCCAGUUAUGCUACGCGAUGAAGCUGAACGGCUUCAUGACGCUCGUAAAGAAUAUAUUCAGUUAUCGGGUCAACAUACGGUCCGCGUGGUCAAUUUCCGCGGCUUGUUGGCAAAUCUUUUAGUUGAGCGAGUUUCAUCAACAUCCAAACCGCAAAACAGUUUUGAAGAUCUAGCACAAAUUUGGAAUCACAUACAUACUAGUAUCACUGGCUGGCGACAAUGGUUGAUUGAUGAUCAGCAAACUUGUAUAUAUGAGCUUCGAAAAAUGCAAUUAGUCCGAGAAAGACUAGAAGCCGAAUACCUGAAGCUCACUGAACCUCGCAAGGAACUAAGCUAUUACACGCCAUCGUCAUCGCCAUUAGCUAUCAAUGGUCAUCUUGCCAACAGUAACAACAGCAGCAACAAGGCAACUAAAUCAACGCCAGCAUGCAAGUGGGGCUACCUGUUUUUGCGUGUCUCGCGACACACUUGGGCACGUCGAUGGUGUUUUGUCUAUAAUGAGUAUUUCGGAUGGUGUACCGUGAGCUUCAAACCGGGACGAGCCAUGGUAACAGUCGAGGAAAAGAUCUCCAUGGCAUCAUGCGAAUUGAAACUUGUCAACGAGGGGGAGCGACGUUUUUGUUUCCAGCUAAAACAUUCGCAAGGCACAUACCUUUUGCAAGCGGAAACGGCGGAGGAUUUGCGCAACUGGGUAUCCUGUUUGAACUGGAUCCGACGGCCUGAAGGCGAUGAACCAUCCGACAGGUACCGUGACGAUUCUUCGAUCGUCGAUUCCAUUCAGCAAUCAUCAGUUUCCAGUGACUGCUCUACCUCACCGUCCACGAGCUCGCUAACUGCAAGGUCACCAAGUAGUAGGACGAGAUCUUAUAAAGCCAAGUCGACCACAACAGUUACAACACCCAAAGAUAUUCCUGUCACGCUUAGCACAUCAACAACGCCCAUGUACAACACCUUACCAGACAAUACAAAGUUGCACAGUAUUAGCGGCUUAAUCUUCUCUACCUCUCGUACUUCAUUACCGUCAACUCAACCUGAAGCAACGUCCGCUUCUCCAUCAGCAGUCGCCUAUGUUUCGAACUCUCUGUCCAACCAUGGCACAUCACUCAUGACAUGUAUGUCGCUCAGUCCUGUGCUUGUGUGGGAAGCGGCUCGAUCAAGGAGUAUUCAGAGUGUUCAGGUACCUGAUUCACUUUGGGGUGUGCCUUGGCCGGUUUUGGGCACGAUGCUUAUUGCCGAUAAACGAACGGCAUCAGUCCGCUCAGGAACAAUGACGCCAACCGACAAGACGGGCGUACUAUGGCCUUUAGCACAAGACAGCACCUCUAGCCUUCAUGUGGAUAUGGUCAACUACGGGUUGCAAGAAGACAAUGAAAUGUUGCGCAAGAUGUUUGGUGGUGUUAGGCCGGAAGAAGUGGUUCUGGAUGUAUUUGUUGGCGUACUUCGACGAAGACAAGAUCCUUUACAGCCUCCAGAAGAGAAACAAGACACUGUAUCUGUCGAUUCAUUUGACAGGGAGUUGAUUGCGCAACUCACUACUUUGAACUCUGCACCACCUUCUGAAUUUGGUUAUGGAUAUGGUGGAAAGGCAUUCGUCACGCAAAGCACGUUAUGGUUUUACAGUUUCACCAUGAUAGCAUGUGUCAACUCGGUGGCUAUUAAGUUGACAUCAAUCGAAAAUGUGCGGGUUAUGCGGGAUCCCUCUGUCAAAAUGGACAAGAACCAAGUAUUAGUGAUCGAUCUAGUAUCGGACCCAAGCAACAAAUCGAUACACAGCCCUCUCAUUUUCAGUAUCCCCAACGAAGAAAUUAACACAUUGGCCGAAAAAUUGCGCUUUGCUAUCAACAAUGCAAAGAGUGACGAGCCUAUGCAACUUCGUAACAUUCAUGCCAAGAUUGUACACAUGUCGCAAAGUCAACGUAAUCGAUCUUCUUCACUGCUUUCUGUUAAUCAGCUUAACUCUGUAUCAGAAACCAAAAAGAAACGAAAGCGACUGUCUUUCAGAGCACUUGGAUCCACACGCCCCGUGAUUGCAUCGAAAAAACCAAACGAGCCACCUAUUGUUGGCGAAGAAAACAAAUUAACAGUUGCGCCAAACGAACGUGGGGGCGAUUCGCUCAAUAGUUAUAGCUCUGGCGGUACUUUACUUCCUGUAGAAACAACAGCGAACAGUAAUACGGUCAAAGCGAAACCAGCAGCUCCAUCUCCACCUCCUCCGCCCCCUCCACCAUCUCCACCAGCGGAUCCCGACGAGGUUCCUUCGCAUAUCAAGGCACCAGGUGGACCGAUGGCAUGUGAAUGUGAUGAUCAUUUGGACAGAUUGGAGACAGAAAUCGAGUUCCCUAUAUCUGCCAAACGAUUGUAUAAUAUCAUGUUUUCGGAUGAAGCAAAUGCCUCUCCAUCCGAUGGCGGUGUUUGGUUAGGAAAAGCAACUGGAACGGAAGGCCAUGAUCUACGAGUGAGUUGCUGGUAUAAUGCCGACGGUCAGACUAAGCGAACUCUCAAGUACAUCAUGCCCGUAUCUAAUCCAAUUGUCCGUAUGAACGAAGCAGAAGUAGUAGAGACACAAGUUUUGCACAGAAAAGAUGAUUAUCGCUGUUAUGUUGUCCAAAUCUCCACCCGAACAGCUGCUUUACCAUAUGCUGAUGCAUUUAUCCCAACAGUACGAUAUUGUAUCACAUGGAUUGACAAGUCGAGAUGCAAACUAUCCAUUCAUUUGGGUGUUGCAUGGGUGCAGAGAGUGCUUGUAAGAGCCAUUGUCACUCGAGCUGCAAUGAAGGGCAUGGCAGAUAGUAUCAAGGUGUUCAUACCCGUUUUGGAGGAUGCUGCCGAUGCCGAGGCUGAGCGUGUAGAGGCCGAACGAAAAGAACAGCAAGAACGAUAUCAGCAAGAGCUACAAACGUAUGCCAAAUCCACUGGCAGACAAGAAGAUCGUCUCGUGGUCCCUGCUGCUAGUGAGACGACAUACCCUGCUGAGGUUAUGGAGCCACUAGACAAUGCGCUAGCAGACAGUAGUAGCAGUAGCAGUGAUGACCAACAGCGUCGUCAAGACCAACCUCACCAAAAAUUGCAAUCACAACACACUGCUUCAACAUCUCCUCGCGCUAUACCCUCCAUACUCCAACAUCCUGUAAAGUCAAAUACUACACAACAACUACAAUUUGAUGAUGCAAAAGCUCCUACGGGUCUCAACAACAACAACAACAACAACAAGAUGCUUAAUGCUCAACAGAAGACAUCGACGACAGUCGAACGAAACAAUACGUACUUGAAACCGCCUCCAAUGCAUACCCGCCGAUCAAGCAACCGCAGCCACAGGAGUAACAAUAGCACAGGCGGAAAGCGAUCCAGAAGGGCAUCAGCAGACCGACAAGUACAACAAUCAAAACGUCGUAUCCUUCCUAUUCGCGUUUUCUUGUUGGUUAUUGCACUUAUCUGGGUAGUUUUUGGACUAUGGAAAACAGUAAUUUGGGCCAAAGGUUUCUCGGCUUUUUCUUCCACUGCUGCUAUCCCUCGUCCAACUGAUUCGACUACCAUAGCUCUUGCUAAAAAUGAUACGACAGCGGCGGCUUACAGUGCUGCUGCUCCAGUUUCACCAGACACAACUACCAUUGUAGUGGAUCGUAAGGCAGUCUAUCUUCGUGAUCUUGAGGAACAGGGUAUUCUCUAUUCCAACCUUCAGCCUCCUUAUGCCGACUCAGAAAGCUUCCGAUUGUUUUUGGAAACGACAACUGCUGGACAGGAGAAUGGUCUACAAGGCUAUCGAUGGAGCAUGGAUCGCUAUCGCCAAAUUGCGUUUGAUCUUGAUACGAGCCGUGACCGGUUAGCUAUGUUGCGACACGACUUGCUGAUGAUAUUCAAGCUGCUAAACAAGGUCGAUAUGGAUCUACGUGAAAGCCAGUACAUGAACUGGCUACUUGACGGUCGUACCUGGUGUCACAUGAAGUUGAAACAACAGCACAAACAUCAGCAUGAUAACCUUCAAGGAGUGUCUUUGCCGUGUCAAGAAAUCAUCUAUCAAUUAGAUACCUAUUUUUUCUUUAGAAAUCGUCAUGUCGAUUCUGAGCGGUUUUAGCUCUCCUUUUGUUCGUUCCUAUUUAUUAUUACGUACUAAUUAUUAUUUUCUUAUUUCUUUUUGUAAUUGUACCAACAAGAGUAGUAUAUUCGAUUAUCUUUCCUCCACACUAAUAACCUCCUCCAAUCAUACUUUGUAGUAUUAUUUCUAUCUUGAUUUUUCUCCCUCUCGUGUAU